GUACAUCCAUCCAUGUGAAAUCUGUGGACGAAUCUUUAACAGCAUUGGUAACCUGGAGCGGCACAAGAUCAUCCACACCGGAGUGAAGAGUCAUUGUUGUGACAAAUGCAGCAAAUCGUUUGCCAGGAAGGACAUGCUGAAAGAGCACCUCAGAGUUCACGAUGACAACCGGGACUACUUGUGUGCCGAGUGUGGCAAAGGCAUGAAAACCAAACAUGCUCUGAGGCACCACAUGAAGCUUCAUAAAGGC